CUCCCUUUAGUCCCGCCUCCUGGGGUGGAACCUGACAAACCGGGGGUGUGCAGGCUUAGCUUUAGCACACUGAAACUGGCGACUUCAGCCCGUGUUUUUGAAGGUAUCUGCUCCACUUCCUCAUCACCAUGAGUGACCCGUGGCAGGAGUGCAUGGACCACUGCAUAGAGGUCACUAAAAAGGCUGGAAAGGUGAUCCGCGAGGCGCUUCAGAAGGACAUCGCUGUGAUGCAGAAGAGCUCCCCGACUGACCUGGUGACCGAGACCGACCAGAAAGUGGAGCAGCUUAUUAUAUCUUCCAUCAAAGAAAAGUACCCCACACACAGCUUCAUAGGUGAGGAGUCGGUUGCAGCAGGUGCGCCCAGUGUCCUCACAGACGAUCCCACGUGGAUCAUCGACCCUAUCGAUGGAACCACCAACUUCGUUCACAGGUUCCCAUUUGUGUCCGUAUCAAUCGGAUUCACAGUGAAGAAAGAGAUCGAGUUCGGGAUCGUCUACAGCUGCAUUGAGGACAAACUGUACACCGCACGCAAAGGCAAGGGAGCGUUCUGCAACGGCGCGCCGAUCAAAGUGUCCGGACAAGAAGAUAUUAGCCAGUCGCUGGUGCUGACAGAGAUGGGCUUUAAACAGGAUCCUGUGAAAUUCCAGACGAUGUUGGCCAACAUCAGAGCAAUCCUCACCAUACCUGUGCACGGGAUCCGCUCCCCAGGCAGCGCGGCUGUCAACAUGUGUUUGGUGGCGUGUGGAUCGGCUGACGCCUACUACCACAUGGGCAUCCACUGCUGGGACAUGGCCGGAGGCGCCGCCGUCGUCACCGAGGCCGGGGGAGUGAUCAUGGACAUCUCAGGUGGACCGUUUGAUCUGAUGUCUCGCCGGCUGAUCGUCGCCAGCAGCAGGACGAUUGCAGAACGUAUCGCCAAGGAGGUAACGGAGUUCAACGUCGGCAGGGAUGACGCAGAAUCCAAAUGAACCCCGGCGCUUUUCCUCCCUCCACUCGAAAACACACUCGGCUCAAGUCCGCCGCCGCCUUAAGAACCAGGACAGGAAACUUACCUCUGUGGAACAUCUGAGUCGGUUUGCGCAAUAUUCACAGCUUGGAUCUUUACCGCUUCUGUUUGUUCUACAUUGUUGUUUACCAGAUUUAAAAAAAAAACCUUCUUAUCGUUCAAAUUUAAAUGUUUUUAUUCCCUUAUGGGGAUCAUUCAGUCAUUUGUUUUUGUUAAUUUUACUGAUAUGAUACCUCAAGAUAACUUAAGUGUUUGUUUUGACCAAUUGUAUUGCAAUUAAGUAUUUUAACUUAGAGUUCAGGUGAAUUAGAAUUAGAUGAUAUUCAUUUCUAAAGUUUCUUUAUUACAGUACUGUAUACUUUCUCUUCAUGGCCAAAGUGAAGCACUCAGCCAGAGUUAUCCACAUGAGUAAUGUUGUUUGGAUUUUUUAAUCUAUUUAAUGAAACAAGAAAAUAAAACACAAUGA